CGCACAGAGGCGGAGAGGCGCACAGCGGCGGCGCAGGCGCGGAGAGGCGCACAGCGGCGGCGCAGGCGCGGAGAGGCGCAGGCCCAGGCUCCACUCCCCAGCUGUGAAAGGAGGAGCUCUACGGUGACUUUGAAGACUUGGAAACAGGGGACGUGCACAAGGGAAAAUCGGGCCCCGACACUCAGAAUGAAGAUAUACAGAAACAAGGAAGAAAUUGACCCCGAUGAAGAAGAAAGUGCCAAGAAAAAGCAUUUGGAUAAGAAGAGAAAAUUGAAGAUGUUUGAUGCGGAAUAUGAUGAAGGAGAAAGCACAUAUUUUGAUGAUCUUAAAGGAGAAAUGCAGAAAGAAGCACAGCUGAAUCACGUAGAAUUUGAAGAUCAAGAUGAUGAAGCCAGAGUUCAGUAUGAUUGUUUUAGACCUGGGAUGUACGUCCGCAUUGAGAUUGAAAAUGUUCCCUGUGAAUUUGUGCAGAACUUUGACCCCCAUUACCCCAUUAUCCUGGGUGGCUUGGGCAACAGCAAGGGAAAUGUUGGACACAUGCAGAUGCAUCUGAAGAAACAUCGCUGGUAUAAGAAAAUCCUCAAGUCCCAAGAUCCAGUCAUAUUUUCUGUAGGGUGGAGGAGGUUUCAGACCAUCCUGCUCUAUUAUAUUGAAGACCACAAUGGAAGACAAAGGCUUCUAAAGUAUACCCCACAGCACAUGCAUUGUGGAGCAGCCUUUUGGGGUAAAAUAUGAUUACAAUAACUUGCCUAUUGCCGAGAUUAAACUUUACAAGCUGCGUUA